GGUUGCACGGGCUGUGAAUCCUGCCCACCCACUAAUGAGUGAACGAGGUUCUGCUGUGCUCACUGUUUCCUGACCGAGCUGUGCGGGAGAAUCAGGGCUCGGCUUUCGUCACCGAAUCUGUCCGUUCUUUCAUUUUUGCAGAAUGAGGUUUUCAGCAUCAUUUUUAUGCUUCCUAAUUGGUCUUCUAGGACUAGGAGGGACUCACAGUUUGCUGUUGACGGAAGAUCAGGGGGGGGAACUGGAGGAUAGAGACCUGAGCAAAGCUAUUUUGGAGAUGUUGCAUAUAAACAAACUGUCAGCGCCUCAGCAGGCAAAGCCACACCCCUACAUGAAGCACGUUUACCAGUCACUGGACGCACAGGCAAGAGACCUGAGUGGUGCUGAUGGGACUCUUGUGCAGAGCUUCCGGAGCAUCGAAGACUCAAAGUAUGGCACACCGGGUUGGAUCUGGUUCAACAUGUCCCAGCUGAGUCCCUUCAUGAGGGUUGCAGAGCUGGUCCUGCUGAGGAAGACUCUUCAUCACAAGCCGCUUAGUGUGACGGUCACAGUACACAGUCUUUCACCGGGACCAGAUAACCUGAGCAUUAGCGGCCCUCUUGCAGAGCACUUAUUGAGUCUGGACCGGCUGCCUCCAUCAGGAUAUGAUGUUUUCGACGUGACAGCUGCAAUAACCCAGCCAUUGCGCCACUCAGACAUCUUGGGCUUCCAGCUGCGCUUUGGGGAUGAGAGCGGCAGCUUGGUUCUCCAUGAAGCCCUGACGCAGAGCCUCUACUGCUUGAAUGGCAGCUCUCUCAGCCAGCCGCUCUUAGUGCUCUACAGGAGCACAUCGAUGGAGCACCAGCAGAGGGCGUCAGGAGCGAGUUCAGAGCACAGGCACAGGCCAAGCUGCAUGGCCAGCUCUGAAUAUGACAGACAGAGAAUACAGCUGAGGCACGGGAGACACGUAGCUGCAUGCAAGCUGUACGUACAUCAUGUCAACCUUCAUACGAGCAAGCUGAGUCAAUGGAUACUACAGCCGUCCAAUUUCAACAUAAGUAUUUGUAGAGGUAUCUGUUUGAAAGAAAUACCUGCGUCAUCCAUGUCUGUUCAGAGACAUCGAAAACAACAUGGAGAAAAUGAUUUACAAAGAUCAAACUGCACUCCACAAGGCCUUUCAUCUCUCAUCGUGAUGUACAGCAGCGACACAGCGGACAUUAUUAUAAAAGAGCUAAAGGAUAUCAGAGCAGAGAGAUGUGUGUGCCAGCCAACUGCUCGAUAAAAAGGACUGCAAAAAUCAAACAGUUUGUGAAGUAUUUGAGGAAAUGACAGUUGCAGGAAAAAGUAUGUGAACCCUGAAUUUCUGCAUUGCUUAUAAUAUUUGAUUUGAACAAGAAAGCGUGCUUAUCUGCUUAAAGGAAUAGUUCACAAAAAGAGGUUGGUGACGCUUUGCUCACGUUUAGGUCAUACAAGAUGUUGAUGAGUUUGUUUCUUCAUCAGAUUUGGAGAAAUGUAUCAUUGCAUCACUUGCUCACCAAAGGUGAUGAAUGGAUGUGAAUGGGUGCCGUCAGAAUGAGAAUCCAAACAGCUAAUGAAAACAUUGAUAAUCCACACCACUCCAGUCCACUAAUGCAUUGUGAAGCAAAAAGCUGUGUGUUUGUAAUAAACAAAUAUACGUCAUUAAGACGUUUUCAAUUUCAAAAUUGCUUCUGGCUAAAAUACAAAUCCUAUAUUCAUAAUAUUGCUUUCUUCAGUGAAAAGUCAUCUUGUCUGGAUUGUCUUGUGAGGAUUCUGAUGUGAGGACAACAGAGAUUGACUUGUUACUUAUGGAUUAUUGUGAUGUUUUUAUCAGCUGUUUGGACUCUCAUUCUGACGGCACCCAUUCACUGCAGAGCAUCCAUUGCUGAGCAAGUGAUGCUUUUAAAUUUCUCUAAAUCCAUUCUGAUGAGAAAACAAACAGCAAAUUUUCAUUUUUGUGUAAACUAUUUCUUUGCACACAAAGUAUUCAUAGCUUUCAUUUUCAUAGCUUUAUUUUAAUUAUUUUUUAUUUUAAUGGUAAAAACAUUUACAAUGAGACUGCAGCUGUUAUCUGCACAUAUUUGCUGUCAGUCAGGAGGUAAAUGCACAACAAUCAGAAGGUAUUCUGCAACAUUUCUCCUCACAAAAUUUUUAAUUAAGCAAUAUUCUUAGGAUGCCUGCAUGAAUCAUGUUGAAACGUCUGGGUUCACAUACUUUGUCCUGGAACUUCUUUUUUGGACAACUACUUGGAGAGACCAUUGCAGAUGUACUUUUGGCCACAGGAUGUCAUAAUAGAGCAAAAAAAAAGUAUCCGUCGUUACUAUCAAUGUUCAUGCAACAACAAUGUUCACCUAUGUUGAAGAAUUUCACAAUAUCUCUAUGACUGAAAUAAUAAGUGUAGCCUGUAUAUGGAUGUGACGUGAGGAAUAUAGAUUUUGAAUUUGAGACAAUGGUGCUAAUUUUACCAUUUGGACAAAAAACUUAGAGAAGUUUUCAAUAGUUCUUGGAAACCUCUGAUGAUGCCUUGGGGAUAUGAAACCGAAACAAUGUGUUCUGGCAUUUCCUUUCACAUUUUUCUGUCAACAAUUGCAGUGAUUCCAGAUUUAGACGCAACGUUCCAGUUUAAUUGUUAUACUUUACAAUGUAUGUAAAGUGUG